CUGUGUGUACUGUGUUCUCCUGUGCACUACGUGUGUUCUGUUGCGUCCUGUGCACUGCGUGUGUUCUCCUGUGCAUGCAGUGUGUUGUUGUGUACUCUUCUCCUGUGCACCACUGCAUAUAUGUUCUGUGCAGUGCGUGUCUGUUCUCUGCACUGUGUUCUCCCGUGCACUGCAUGUUCUCCUGUGCACUGCGUGUGUUCUCCCAGGCACUGCAUGUUCUCCUGUGCGCUGUGUAUUCUCCUGUGCACUGUGUGUUCUGUGCACUGUGUUCUGUGCGCUGUGUGUUCUCCUGUGCACCGUGUGUUCUGUGCACCGUGUGUUCUGUGCACCGUGUGUUCUCCUGUGCCGUGUGUUCUCCUGUGCCCCGUGUGUUCUGUGCCCCGUGUGUUCUGUGUACCGUGUGUUCUCCUGUGCCCCGUGUGUUCUGUGCCCCGUGUGUUCUCCUGUGCCCCGUGUGUUCUGUGCACCGUGUUCUGUGCACUGUGUGUUCUCUCCUGUGCCCCGUGUGUUCUCCUGUGCCCCGUGUGUUCUGUGCCCCGUGUGUUCUCCUGUGCACCGUGUGUUCUGUGCACCGUGUGUUCUCCUGUGCCCCGUGUGUUCUGUGCCCCGUGUGUUCUGUGCCCCGUGUUCUGUGUACCGUGUGUUCUCCUGUGCCCCGUGUGUUCUGUGCCCCGUGUGUUCUCCUGUGCCCCGUGUGUUCUGUGCACCGUGUUCUGUGCACUGUGUGUUCUCUCCUGUGCCCCGUGUGUUCUGUGCCCCGUGUGUUCUCCUGUGCACCGUGUGUUCUGUGCACCGUGUGUUCUCCUGUGCCCCGUGUGUUCUGUGCCCCGUGUGUUCUGUGCCCCGUGUGUUCUGUGCACCGUGUGUUCUCUGUGCCCCGUGUGUUCUGUCCACCGUGUGUUCUGUACCCCGUGUGUUCUCCUGUGCCCCGUGUGUUCUGUGUACCGUGUGUUCUCCUGUGCCCCGUGUGUUCUGUGCCCCGUGUGUUCUCCUGUGCCCCGUGUGUUCUGUGCACCAUGUUCUGUGCACUGUGUGUUCUCUCCUGUGCCCCGUGUGUUCUCCUGUGCCCCGUGUGUUCUCCUGUGCACCGUGUUCUGUGCACCGUGUGUUCUCCUGUGCCCCGUGUGUUCUGUGCCCCGUGUGUUCUGUGCGCCGUGUGUUCUCCUGUGCCCUGUGUGUUCUCCUGUGCCCCGUGUUCUCCUGUGCACCGUGUGUUCUGUGCCCCGUGUGUUCUGUGCACCGUGUGUUCUCCUGUGCACCGUGUGUUCUGUGCACCGUGUGUUCUCCUGUGCCCCGUGUUCUGUGCCCCGUGUGUUCUGUGCACCGUGUGUUCUCCUGUGCCCCGUGUGUUCUGUGCCCCGUGUGUUCUCCUGUGCCCCGUGUGUUCUGUGCCCCGUGUGUUCUGUGCACCGUGUUCUGUGCACUGUGUGUUCUCUCCUGUGCCCCGUGUGUUCUCCUGUGCCCCGUGCGUUCUGUGCACCGUGUGUUCUGUGCACCGUGUGUUCUGUGCACCGUGUUCUGUGCACUGUGUGUUCUCUCCUGUGCCCCGUGUGUUCUCCUGUGCACCGUGUGUUCUGUGCCCCGUGUGUUCUGUGUACCGUGUGUUCUCCUGUGCCCCGUGUGUUCUCCUGUGCACCGUGUGUUCUCCUAUGCCCCGUGUGUUCUGUGCACCGUGUUCUGUGCACUGUGUGUUCUCUCCUGUGCCCCGUGUGUUCUCCUGUGCACCGUGUGUUCUGUGCCCCGUGUGUUCUGUGUACCGUGUGUUCUCCUGUGCCCCGUGUGUUCUCCUGUGCACCGUGUGUUCUCCUAUGCCCCGUGUGUUCUGUGCACCGUGUUCUGUGCACCGUGUGUUCUGUGCACCGUGUGUUCUGUGCACCGUGUGUUCUCCUGUGCCUCGUGUGUUCUGUGCACCAUGUUCUGUGCACCGUGUGUUCUGUGCACCGUGUUCUGUGCCCCGUGUGUUCUCCUGUGCCCCGUGUGUUCUCCUGUGCCCCGUGUGUUCUGUGCCCCGUGUGUUCUCCUGUGCCCCGUGUAUUCUCCUGUGCACCGUGUGUUCUCCUGUGCCCCGUGUAUUCUGUGCCCCAUGUUCUGUGCACUGUGUGUUGUGCACUGUGUGUUCUCCUGUGCACCGUGUGUUCUGUGCCCCGUGUGUUCUGUGCCCCGUGUGUUCUGUGCACCGUGUUCUGUGCACUGUGUUCUCUCCUGUGCCCCGUGUGUUCUCCUGUGCACGCUGUGUUCUCCUGUGCCCCGUGUGUUCUCCUGUGCACCGUGUGUUCUGUGUACCGUGUGUUCUCCUGUGCCCCGUGUGUUCUCCUGUGCACCGUGUGUUCUCCUGUGCCCCGUGUGUUCUCCUGUGCCCCGUGUGUUCUGUGCAUCGUGUUCUGUGCACCGUGUGUUCUCCUGUGCCCCGUGUGUUCUCCUGUGCCCCGUGUGUUCUGUGCACCGUGUUCUGUGCACCGUGUUCUGUGCCCCGUGUGUUCUGUGCCCCGUGUGUUCUCCUGUGCACCGUGUGUUCUGUGCACCGUGUGUUCUGUGCACCGUGUAUUCUGUGCCCCGUGUUCUGUGCACCAUGUGUUCUGUGCACUGUGUGUUCUCCUGUGCACCAUGUGUUCUGUGCACUGUGUUCUACUGUGCACCAUGUGUUCUGUGCACUGUGUUCUCCUGUGCACCGUGUGUUCUGUGCACCGUGUGUUCUGUGCACCGUGUGUUCUGUGCACCGUGUUCUGUGCACUGUGUUCUCUCCUGUGCACCGUGUGUUCUCCUGUGCAGUGUUCUCCUGUGCACUGUGCGUGUGUUCUAUGCAGUGUGUAUUCUCCUGUGCACUGUGUUCUCCUGUGCACUGUGUGUGCAUGUUCUGUGUGCUGUGCAUUUGUUCUGUGCAGUGUGUAUUCUCCUGUGCAAUGAGUUCUCCUGUGCAGCGAGAGAACCAGACAGCACAGGUGAAGGACACAGCCAGAAAGGGCGCCACCGGAUCCGAAAGGCUGCUGGAGUGA